CAGGAAGGUUCCAGGGAAGAACCCCACUCCCCACUCCAACCAGGUCACAAGGGCUGGAGCUCCGAAGGGCCCAGGCCCCCUGAGCCAGGAGUAGAGGAGGAAGUCCAAGGAAAGAUGGCUGGCAGUCACCCCUACUUCAACCUGCCUGACUUCACCCAGCCAUCGCCGCCCUCCACUCCGCCCAGCCUCCCCUCGCACCAGCGCUGCCGGCCCUCCGAUGCCACCAAGGGCCUGCUCGUGGCCCUGCUGGGUGGGGGCCUGCCGGCUGGCUUUGUGGGCCCCUUCUCCCGUAUGGCUUACCAGGCUUCCCACUUACCCUCGCUGGAGCUGCUCAUCUGUCGGUGUCUCUUCCACCUUCCCAUUGCCCUACUACUGAAACUGCGUGGUGACCCACUGUUGGGACCUCCCGAUGUCCGGGCCCGGGCCUGCCUCCACGCCCUGCUCAACGUCCUCAGCAUCGGAUGCGCCUACAGUGCAGUUCAGGUGGUGCCUGCUGGCAACGCGGCCACGGUCCGCAAAGGUUCUUCCACCGUCUGCUCUGCUCUCCUUGCCCUCUGCCUCGAGAGUCAGGGGCUCAGCGGCUAUGACUGGUGUGGUCUGUUGGGCAGCACCCUGGGACUAAUCAUCAUUGUGGGACCCGGACUAGGGACACUGCAGGAGGGGACCACGGGCCUCUACACCGCCCUGGGCUAUGUGCUCGCGUUCCUGGGCGGCCUGGCACUGUCGCUGGGGCUCCUGGUCUAUCGCUCCCUGGACUUCCCCUCUUGCCUCCCGACAGUGGCCUUCCUGUUUGGCUUGGUGGGGCUGGUGGGCUCUGUGCCAGGCCUCUUUGUACUGCAGACCCCUGUGCUGCCCAAUGAUCCUCUGAGUUGGAGCUGUGUGGGGGCCGUGGGGAUCCUCGCCCUGGUCUCCUUUGUGUGCGUGAGCUAUGCAGUCACGAAGGCCCACCCCGCCCUGGUGUGCGCCGUCCUGCACUCCGAGGUGGUGGUGGCCCUGAUGCUGCAGUAUUACGUGCUCUAUGAGACCGUGGCGCCUUCCGACAUCAUGGGGGCAGGGGUGGUGUUGGGCAGCAUCGCCAUCAUCACCGCCCAGAACCUCAGCUGUGAGAGGGAAGGGCAGGUGGAGGAGUGAGAUCGAACUGGAGAGCCUGGGGGUUGGGGGGGCAGGGGGAAAUAGAAGGACAAGGAGAGACUGGAAUACAAACAUGGGAGAAGAGGUGACCGGAAAAGAGCUGAUAUGGGAGAGGGACACUCCUUGGAGUCAGGGGUGGAGAGGGACUCUGCCUAGAAGACCUGGAACAAGCGUGGGGACCAAGACAUGAGGAGUCUAGGCUGGGGCUUGGGGAUCAGGGCACAACUGCAGGGUAAGUAAGGUCUGAGGAGCAAACCAAAAAGGAGCUGAGAGGCAGGCGGGCCAUGAGCCAUGGGGAGGAUUUCUCCCUCAGCAGCAGAGAGAAGAGCAUUGGGGCCGGAGUGUUUGGGCGGCUUUCAGGCGAACGGACAGAGCGAGCAGCGGGGGGUAAGGGAGUGCGCCUUUCUUCUCCUGAGAGCCGGUUUCCUUUCCUCAUGGUUAUGCCCGCCCCCCCCCUCCCCGGUGGUGACGUGACAUUGACAUCAAACAAGGAUCACUCUGAACCUGGCUGUGCCUUGGUGUCAUCUCUGCUUUGGAAGGACAGUGAAAGUCCUACUCCGCUCUCAUUGGAGAAUCCCUUGGGAUCCCUGCCCCCUCCCCCCGCCAAUCUCGUUUCUGAAAUAUUCUAGAAGGGGGUAGGAUCUCCCAGCGUUCAGACGCCUUGACUCUGAAUCCCCCAGGACUUCUGCGUCCCGCCCAUGGCUAAUCUGCUUUUCCUGGAUUGUCGCGGUCCCGUGAUCUCUCCCGGACAGUGGCCAGCCUCCUUCCGGAGAAGGCUUCCCGAGCGGACGCCUCUUCGAGCGGCUCGGGCCGGGGGUCGAGGGCCCGAGCUCCGUACAGCGCUCCCUUGGAGGCCCGCAGAUGCCCACCCGUCCCAGGAGGCCGCUCGACAAAUAUCAGCUACUUCCGGACAAGCGAUUUGCCUCGCCAUCUUGAUCGGUUCAUGCAUAUUCAGCGUGGUUACUGCAUAUGCAUGACCAAGGACGGCCCCAGCGCUCCCCCCUCCGGGAACCCUCUUGGGAGGAUCCGACCGGCCCCGCCUCCUUCAUUACCGAUUCGCAGAACAGACCAUUUUCCAGCGGAGGGAGGGGGGGAAUAUUAAAGGGAGACUUUUGUUGAAGACGAAAGCACGGUCCAAACUAGAAUAAAAGCGGCCUGUAUUUCCCCUCGGUCCUUCAAAC